AUGGCGUUCAUUCCUGUUCCCAACUCUUCUGACAUACCUCGUCCUAAUGUCACCAUAAUUGACAUCAGCGAGGAUGAGAGGAUCGCCGGCGUCCCAACCGACGAGACAGUCUUCAAAGCCCUCGAGGCUCUCCAUCGUGACGGCAUCGUCGCCCUCGGCAACGCCAUCAACAUUGAGCAUGAAGACGCGGUGAACCGCCAGAUGUGCGCGGACGCCGACUACCUCAAGUCCAAAGACGCUCUCUGGCACAUCCAAGGCCGCGAGACCGGCAAUGUAUCCCUGUCGCCCCCUCUCAACAAGAAUCUCUUCUUCAAAGACAUCUACGCCAACCCCUUCUGCCUGCACAUCCUGAAAUACGUCCUUGGCCCUGCGCCCGAAGUGCGCUUUAUCCGCUCUAAUGUCGCCCUGAAAGGCACCGCCCGCCAACAAGUCCAUUCGGACAUGGACUUUGCCUUUCCCGAGAUGCCAUUUUGCUACACCAUUAACACGAUCCUCUGCGACUCAACAGAAGAGAACGGCGCGACCGAGGUCUGGCUGGGAACGCAUAAGAACGCGAGUAUCAAUGAACAUGUUGCGCCGAACGAGCCGUAUAUAAAGAAGGAGCUGCUGGAAGCUCGCGCAAAGGUCGUGCCCCCAAUCCGCGCCCUCUUGCCGAAGGGUAGCAUUGUCAUUCGCGAUCCGCGCACCUGGCACUCUGGCAUUGCAAACACCACAGACGUACCGCGCGUCAUGCUCUCGGAAAUGCUCUUCGCGAAAUGGUACGGCAACAGGUUGGCACUCACCCUUCCCGAGGAGCUGCAACCCACUCUGGAAGAAUGGUCAAAGGAGGGCUUGAUCAGCUUCCCAGCGCAUUUCGUGAAGGGUGACGUGGAUCAUUUGGAGUUGUCAGGUCUCGAGGCCGUGACGGGAACGGCAGGCGAGGAUUACAGGAGUCCGAAUAACUUUCCGUUCGAGGGCAAAGUGCAGCCGUUCAUUCCACCAGCGGGAGCCGUACUGGGGACGGUGAAUUAG